UUUAAGAAGGGGAACGUAUAAAUACGACCGCGACGCACACCCUUCACUGACACAAUCCAGGCGAACAUGUGUUAGCUCACAUAGACUAACUGCUACAACACUGUAUUAGGUUUAGUACAACUAGCAGAAUCAAACUGAAACCAAUUUGGAUGUUUAAAUCAAGAGCCGUUCAAUUAAGAAACUUAACUUUCGUUACAUUUUUACAAAGCUAUUAUGGACGUUCUGUAUACAAGUAGACACUGCUUGCAUUCACUUAGAUUAUUUUAUAGGCUGCAUUGAGGUCACACUUGAUUAUUUCCAGAAAUAAGACAUUACUCAUUUGUGUAUUGUCUUCUCUUUUAAAAUGUGUUCAGCGUUACAUAUAACUUUGUUAACUUUGUCAAUAUACAGCAUUGCUCUUUCUGAGUUGCUAGAAUCCGAAGACAUUAUACCUAUCAAGGUGACCAGUCGAAGAAUCAGCGGUCGUCCGUGGAAAAGGAACGAGGAACUCAGUUUCAGACUUACUGCGUUUGGUAAAGACUUUACGCUUCACUUGACUCCGGAUGACAGGUUCCUAGCUCCGACCAUUAGGGUCCAGCGCAUCAAAUCGAAACGUCUUUCUUCGCUAUUAGACGUAUUUGACACAAGGGAGAAGGGGACACCGUCUGACAUUGUUAACAGCAGCAACGACGUUAACCGCACCGAGGACAUUGAAGCAGAUCUGAAAACUUGUUUUUAUUCGGGAACCGUAGAUUUUAAGCAAGACUCUUUAGUUGCUGUCAGUCUGUGUCAUGGAAUCCAAGGAUCGUUCCUAACAGACGGAGAUGAAUAUCUGAUUGAGCCUAAAAGGUCUGGAACUGGCAAACUAAAGCAAACCACCAAGCGGCUGCACGUUAUUAAAAGAAGAGUUUCCAUCGACACGCGUAGGGCUGAAUCUACAUUCGACCAAUUGAAGGAUGACAGUCACAGGAAAUCAGAAGGAAGCACAUUAUCCUUCGGUGAGAUGGGUGGUCAAACACGGAAUAGGAAGAAACGUUUUGUUUCUGCAGCAAGAUAUGUUGAGACGUUGGUGGUGGCAGACUCCUCAAUGACACGAUUCUAUGGGGACGAGAUAAAGCACUACAUCCUGACCUUGGUCGCCAUGGCAGCACAGAUCUACAAGCACCCUAGCCUGAGGAACUCAGUCAGCAUGGUGGUGGUUAAAAUAUUGGUGGUAGAGGAUGAGGAUGUGGGACCAGAGGUCUCCAGCAACGGGGGUGUGACUCUACGCAACUUCUGCACCUGGCAACAGCUCUUCAACCCUUCCAGUCACCGGCACCCGGAGCACUACGACACAGCCAUCCUCUUCACCAGACAGGACAUCUGUGGACAUCAGAGUUGUGACACUUUGGGGGUCGCUGAUGUGGGCACCAUGUGUGACCCCAAAAGGAGCUGUUCUGUCAUUGAAGACAACGGUCUCCAAGCUGCCUUCACCAUGGCCCAUGAGCUCGGCCAUGUGCUCAGCAUGCCACACGAUGACUCCAAGAUCUGCGAAAGGAUGUUCGGGCACCUGGGAGGACACCACCUGAUGGCCCCCCUCUUUGUUCACCUGAAUAAGACCCUGCCCUGGUCCCCAUGCAGUGCCCUGUAUAUCACCGAGUUCUUUGAUAGCGGACAUGGGGACUGCCUAUUGGAUGUGCCGGGCGAGACUGUGCCUUUGCCUGCUGAGUUGCCCGGCCGAACUUUCAGCCUGGAUGUCCAGUGCCAGCAGGUGUUUGGGGAGGAGCUCGUGCACUGCCCCAACACCUCGGACACGGACGUGUGCAGCAAGCUCUGGUGCAGGGAGAGGGGGCAGCAGCAGUGCAUCACCAAGAACGCCAGCCUGCCCUGGGCCGACGGCACGCCGUGCGGCGCCAGCGGGACCUGCCUGAACGCCGUCUGCGUGGGACCUGAGGAGGUCCCGCAACCCAAGGAAGUUGUGGAUGGAGGAUGGGGGCCAUGGGGGCCUUGGGGAGAGUGUUCCAGAACAUGUGGUGGUGGAGUGGAGUUCUCCCACCGGGAGUGCACCCACCCCGAGCCCCAGAAUGGGGGGAGAUACUGCGAAGGACAGAGAGUCAAGUACCAAUCCUGCAACACUCGCCCCUGUGAGAACAGUAACGGAAAAAGCUUCAGAGAAGAGCAGUGUGAGAAGUAUAACACUGUGGAUAACCUGGAUAUCCAUGGCAACGUCAAGCACUGGAUUCCGAAGUAUGCUGGUGUGGCCCCUAGGGACCGGUGCAAACUCUUCUGCAGAGUAAAAGGGGGCAGUGAGUUCAAAGUCUUUGAAUCAAAGGUAAUCGAUGGUACCACGUGUGGCCCCGACACCACGUCUGUCUGUGUCCAGGGCCAGUGUGUGAAAGCGGGCUGUGAUCAGGUGAUUGGGUCCAACCAAAAACUGGACAAGUGUGGUGUGUGUGGAGGGAAUGGUUCCAGCUGUAGGAAGGUCACUGGCUCCAUGAACAAAGCCAUGUAUGGCUAUAACGAUGUUGUGACCAUCCCAGCUGGGGCCACCAACAUCGAUGUCAAGCAGCGCAGCCAUCGCGGAGUGAAACACGACGGCAACUACCUGGCUAUCAAGGGAGAGAAAGGCAGCUACAUCCUGAAUGGAAACUUCUCAAUUUCUACGGUGGAGCAGGAUAUUCCAGUCCCAGGAGCCGUGCUGAAGUACAGUGGCUCUUCCACCACCCUGGAGAGGAUCCAGAGCUUCCAGCAACUGAGGGAGGCCGUGACUAUCCAGCUGCUGGCCACAGCAGGAGAUACCAUGCCACCCAAAAUCAAAUACACCUUCUUCAUCCCCAAAGAUGUGUCCUUCAGAAAACAUAGUGAGAAGAAGACCUUCCUGAACGCGAUCCAGCCUUUCGGCACAUCCCAUUGGGUCUUGGGGGAGUGGUCCGACUGCUCGAAGAGCUGCGGUUCCGGUUGGUCCCGGAGGGCCGUUGAAUGCAGAGACAGCGGCGGUUUCCCGUCCUUCCUGUGUGACGAACAGCUGAGGCCCAGCGACAUCAGGCCCUGCGGAGACCUGCCUUGUCCCAUCUGGCAAACGGGGCCCUGGUCCUCCUGCUCUCAGACCUGUGGCCUAGGGCAGCGCCACCGCAGCAUCCACUGCCUCGACUACUCCGGGAAGGUGGUGGAGCCCGAGAGGUGCGACCCUGCCAAGAAACCCAAGCCGGCGUAUACGGAAUGCCUUUACCAAGACUGCUGAGACCUGCACAGAGCCUGCUAAGUACUGAGCCAAAUGUGGUUGAGGGACAGGGGUGGGGAGAAUAAUGGAACGUAAUGUUUAGGAGAGCAUUGGCAUAGAGUGGUGAGAAGAACAAAGGAAUGGAAUUGUGACGGACUAACUCACCUUGACCUGUGCCUGAGACACAGGCAAGGAAAUCUGCAUGAGAAAGAAAAAGUGUAGUAUCUGCACUACCUGGUCUAAGCGAGGUCACAGAGCGUUGGGCCUGUUUGAAAGAUUUUCUUUGUUGUUCUUUAUUCAUUUACUUUAUGCUUUUUCAUAACCACUAUUGAAGUUUCAGCCCAAUAGAUAUCUACCUCAGAGGAUGUGAAAGUUGUAUAUCAUAUGCAUAUAUUUAUAAUAUAAAUUCUUGAUAAACUGUACCAAAGGUUGUUUUUUUUUUUUGCACAAAUAAAUGAAAAUGCAUGAAGUUGCAAUGCUCCAAACACACCAUAAUGUAACAGCAAAUGUUUUACAAAUAUCUGCAUUUUUUUUCCAAAUGGAAACUUGAUGCAGGACUUUAUAUUUAUAUAAUUAGAAAGACUGAGUAAAUUGACUUAUUGUAUGCCUUAAAAAAUCUAUUGUUUGCUUAGGCCAUAUACUAUCAUACUAAUGGUGCAGUGUUGGCAGUGUUUGAAAUGUUAUUUGUGCAAAAACAUAAUUUUUGGUGAAUCAUCUUUUGAUUUUGUUUAUCAAGGGCGUGAAUACAUUUGGAGUAUAUAGAAACAUAAAACAGCACUUAGGGUCAAACAAAAAAGAUUAUCAUUCUACAAUUCUUGUCUGCAAUUAUAAAAUGGAGUAGUUUAUUUCUCAGGCAAGAAUACAUUGUGCGUAAUGAUGGGGGGGGGGGGGGGCUUAGAAAAUGGUUUACAAAUUCAGUGUACGAGUUCAACAUGCCCCAGUUUUGUUGUUCUCAAUGCUAACACCAAUGCUAUCAACAAAAUACUAUUUAUUUCUCUCUGGGAAAGCAUACCCCACUCAAAUGCAAGUGCAUAGGGGAUUAUUUUGCACAAGGUAAAGUACAAUGCGUGUAGUGAGAAUAUGAUCAAUGGUAUUAUGCAGUCAGUGAGCCACAGUAAUCACUAGCUGUUACAUUGCAUCUUACUGAAGCAGAGUACGUUACUACAGUACUUCGCCUGCCUCUGAGGUACACUCUCCACCAGCUGUUUUGCUGAGAUAAACUGUCCCAUGAUUCAUCUGUGGGUAACAUUUAGCUCAUUUUUACCACGCCAUUUUUUUUCAUAAUGUGUCUGGUUUGCACAGGCACAACGUAUUGACUUAAGUCAGUGAUGCAGCACCAGGCUGACGUGCACCACUGGAUCUGGGGGAUUCACUAUACCACUAUGCGUUCAUCAGUGUGAAUGUAAAAGAAUGUUUGGUAACAAAUGCCAAGUACUGUUUGCUGUCAAAUUGCAGAAACGACUGCUUAAGAGGAAGAUGCAAACAAGUCAAUAAUCAUUUUGCUAUUAAGGGCCUGUCAUUCAUUUGAUACUGUAUUUAUUUUUAUUUUUUUCAACAAAAUAGAACCUCUCAUAUGAAAUUGUAUUCCACGGAGUCAAGUUGUCCAUGUUGAACACGCACCAAGUAUUUUCACAGCACUUUGGGAUACAGCAAAAUGUUUAUUGUCUGAUUUUGCACAGAGGUCAUGAGGGUUUGGUUUGCUUGCAGAGUGGGAGUCUGUUAGUCCACACCAAUAUUUCUGCUGACCCUGGACAUUGACAUUCUUAUGGUCUCCUUUAUGUAUAGUUUUUAUUUUAUUUUUUUGUAUUUGUAUUUGUAUUUAUGAUGCUCCAUGGUGUGUAUAUUAGCAAUUAUUUGACUGAGAAAAUAGUUCAGUUGUCUUGGUAGUUAUGAUGGUUGGCUCUUGAUGGAAGGCAGUAGAUAUUUAAGUCUUUAUUUCCAUAGAGAAAGCUAAUAUCAAGACAUUCAUAAGGAGACUAAUUCUCAUUUUUGAGAUAGCAAAAAAUGAGUUUAUAAAGUGCUUUUAAAGAUAACAUUAGCAGUUUCACCACAACUAAAAGUUGCUGUGCACUCUAAGAAAAAAGGAUUGUUUAAAGGGUUCUUUGGUCUGGGUAAUGUUUCAGUGUUGAAGAUGAACCUUUUCCACUUUAGGAACCCUUUGCCAGUAGAAAAGGCCCUCUGCAAUUGGUUCCGUGGAGCUUUCUUUAUUGAAAGUUCCACUGGAGAACCCACUUGAAGUGGUUACACUUUGUAUUGUGAGUUCUGCUUAGAACAUAAGGGUUCUACUUUGUAUUUUGCCACAAAUUAAUUUCAAAUGUGCCCUAUACAUUUUCAUGUAUUAUGGUAAAAUAUACAGUAAUAAGAUCAUAAAUGUGUUCAUUUCAGAGUAUGCAGCAUUCAUAUUUUUGACGCUAUGAACUCUCUUCUGACUCUUUUACCAUUAUGAUGGGGUAAAUAGGACAAGCCAUCUAAAUGGCUUAGAAAAGGACUGAAUCUGUAGAAAAUAUUGCAUGUCACAACACUGUUCACCACUGCCUUUGCUUGACUGUAGCACUGAAUGGAAUCUUUCACCAUUUCCCCAGUUAAACAUACUUCAGUUAAUUCAUUUUCAGCAAAUUAAGUUUGCUUAUCUGAUUUCUGAAACAUCAUAUACUUUCAAACUGUGCACACUCAAACUAGUUAAACUGUCAGAACAAGAUGAUAUUGCUCAUGAAAAGCUUUUACUGUAAAAAUGCGCAAUACAGUAUUUUGAAUAUACAAUUCUGUUUAAAAUGCAAGGGAUUCUGGAAGGAAAAUAACAUCAUGCUGUGUCAAACUAAUGUUUUGUGUUUUAUUUAUAAAUAUAUAAAUACAUUUCCUGUAUUUAACCAAAUAGGACUUACUACAAAGUCCCCAGUCAUCAAAAACAGGAGAUAUCGUGUGACAAAAAUGUAUCUGAUAUCCUGUUAUCUAUUACUAGAUUGUAAAUUGAGGUUUUUUAAAUUAUGUAUUUUCUUAUUAGAAGACUAUAUGUUUUGAUUGCA